AACAGAAACAUUCAUUUCCUAUGCACGUCGCUGCAGCUCAUUCCGCAUUCGUCUUCGUUUCUUGCUCUUUCCCCUCUGGCCGAAGUUUGCUCGACCCCUAAUUAUCUGCUGAGUGAGCCAUCUGUCCAUAUUUAUCAUGGACAACCAUCGCCUUGUUCUACUUUGGGGCCUUCCAACCUCUUUUGUGAACCUACCGCUCAUUCAUCCGUUUACCUUGACUAGUAUUCCGUUACCACCGUCGAUGCCAAUGGACGAUCUCCGUCGAUCUCUACCAAAUUCGCCAUACGACAUGGAUCCUCGAGAUCCUCGGAAUAUGAGUGCUCCCUUCGAUAACUACAGGAUGAGCUUGGAUGGGCCUGACUACUUCGGGGCGAUGGGCGUGGGACCGUACCGGAGUCGAUCACAGCCUGGCGGACCGUUUCCACCACCUAGACUUGAUUCGGACAUGAUGAUGAAGCAUGAUCAGCAGCAGAUUGACGAUCUGGUGCGGAGAACCAACUUGAUGGUCCAAUUCGUCAAUGGUCAUAUUACCCACGCAGGGCGAUACUGCCAGCUGCAGCCGAAGAUGUGCAGCGAUGCGAAAUUCCCCACCGAAUUCAGGGUUCCUAGGACUGUUGAGGAAGUCAAGGUUAUGGACCCUUCAACACUCGAUCGCAUACUGCGAGCCUACGGAUUACCUACUGACCUUCGCUCUCUCCGUAUGACGUCUCAAGAUACCGUAAGCCCGCGAACCGCACACCAGGCCAAGCUGUGUACAUUGUUCGAUUUCUUAGGAGCGACACAAAUAUCGGAAAGACAAAGGAUGAGACACACACCAUGUCUGUCAUACUGAAAGCAAUGGCUUUUUACACAUCGCUCGAAACUUAUUUCAUACCUGGAUUUUCUCUGCUUACGCUUUUAGAAUGUUUUUCGGUCUUAGCAU